GGAAGAGUUGACUAGGACCUCGUAAAAGCUACUUGAAGUUUUCAAAGCAUGCUAAAAUGUAUGAAUUGGAUUGCUUUUUCAAUUGAGGCUACCUCAGCAUGUAGAGGAUUGCCCGGAGCAAAGGAAUAGUUAGGAAGGCUUGUUUCUUGAUCGUGCCUCCCUCUGUACAAUUCAGAUCCAGGUGCUGUAGAAUGUACAUGAACCAGUGAAUAGAAGCGGGCAAACAUGGAUAUUAGGAGUAGGUAAUGUUUAAGAUUGUCAAAAGUUGUUGCACAGCAAUGGGGAGAAGCGUGGCUGCACGCCACAUCAUUGUUGGAUUGACAUUUGUGUGUACCUGCGUGUGCUACAUUGAAAGAGUGGGCUUCUCCAUCGCAUACACAGCAGCAGCAGAUGCAGCUGGAAUAAGCCAAUCAACAAAGGGUUUAAUUCUAUCUACUUUCUUUUAUGGCUACGCUCUGUCACAGAUUCCUGGAGGUUGGGUUGCACAGAGAAUUGGGGGCAGACGUGUUCUUCUUUUUUCGUUUAUAAUGUGGUCUUUGACAACCGCAGUAGUGCCCCUGGACCCGGGGAGGGUUAAAGCAAUGGUAAUUGCGCGCCUCCUUGUUGGUGUGGCACAAGGUUUUAUUUUCCCUUCGAUUCAUAAUGUUUUGGCUCAAUGGGUUCCACCUCAUGAAAGGUCACGAUCUGUUUCCCUUACUACAUCAGGCAUGUAUUUUGGAGCCGCUGCAGGGAUGCUUUUUCUGCCUGGCAUUGUCCAGUUCAGUGGACCUCGGGCAGUUUUUUUAGCAGAGGCAGCCAUGGGUGGCACUUGGGCACUUAUUUGGCUUAUGUGUGCCACUGAUCCCCCACGUUCAGAUCGUUCAAAAGCCCUCUCUGCUGGCUUUGGUCAAUCUACAAAAUAUGGCAAUGGUAAGGGUUUGCUGCCGCUUACUCGAGACAAAGAACACAAAAAUGGUUUCGUGAUUGACACUACUACUCCAGAGAAGAGUCGUGCUUCCAUUCCUUGGAAAAAUUUAAUGUUUAGCUUGCCCAUUUGGGCCAUUGUUGUCAACAAUUUUACAUUCCAUUAUGCCCUUUAUGUUUUGAUGAACUGGCUGCCAACAUAUUUUGAAAUGGGUCUGCAGCUGAGCCUUCAGAAAAUGGGCUCUUCAAAAAUGCUCCCCUAUUUGAAUAUGUUUGUGUUCUCCAAUAUAGGUGGAGUGCUAGCUGAUUACCUGAUCACGAGAAGGCUAGUUUCUGUGACAAAUACGAGGAAAUGGCUCAACACUGGAGGUUUUCUUGUUUCCGCUUUUGCUUUGAUGAUGAUGCCUACCUUGAGAACUUCCUGGGGAGCAGUGCUUUGUUCCUCUGUGUCCCUUGGCUUUCUAGCACUUGGAAGAGCAGGUUUUGCUGUUAACCACUUGGAUGUUGCUCCUCGCUAUGCAGGCAUAGUAAUGGGAAUUUCUAAUACAGCUGGCACGCUGGCCGGAAUAGUCGGUGUGGGUUUGACAGGUCAAAUUCUUGAGUCGGCUAAAGCUGCCAAUAUGGAUCUCUCAAAUCCAAACAGUUGGACUCAGAUCUUUUGUAUUCCAGCAUUCCUUUGCAUUUUCAGUGCUGUCAUAUUUUUAAUGUUCGCAACCGGGGAGAGAAUUUUUGAUUAGCUCUCUCCAAAAUGUAACAUCUAAAUUCUAAAGCUUAAAUAGUUCUUGCCAAAAGUUACUAGUAAAGCGGGGAUCAUGGUCACAUACAAUGGAAGUGGGAAUACCAUAUAGGUGGGAGGUUUGGCAAAUGAAGGCUUCUAAAAUAGUAGAGGCUUUAUAAGAAUGGGCCAAUGAUCAAAAAGGGGCACACAGAGAGAUGAUAAUCGAUCUUCUGCUAGACUCGGGCAAUCCCUCAAUAAAAUCCAUGGAAAUGUCAAUCUGUACUGCAGUUGGAACUUAGAAUUGUGCAAUGUUUGUAGAGUGCUUGAAGUCUGAACAUUUCUCAUUUGUGGCAUUGACACAUAUCACACUCAACAAAUUUAUUGAUAUCAUGUUUCAUGUGAGUCCAGAAGUUUCUUUUUUGGUCUUUCAUGUCUUUAAGAAGCCAGCAUGCCAUGUAGAUGGCAAUGAAUGUAAUAUCUGUAACAAUUGCUUGAAAAGAAUAGAAUUCCUAAAAAGCACAAUAUGUAGUUUAUAAUGCAAAUAUCGGCCAUCCCAAUAGUAGCUACCAAGCCUAGUUGUG